GGAACUGUUUCCGGGUCAGGGGGAAGGAGCCACCAUGGAGCCUCGCUGGGUUGCGGAGCUGUCGGAGCCGCGGGCCGGCGUCUGAAGCGAGAGAGUCGUAGUGCGGCCAGCGCCGCUGGGCACACGCAGGCCGGUCCCGCAGCCGCCAUCAUGUCGGUGCUGGGCGAGUACGAGCGACACUGCGAUUCCAUCAACUCGGACUUUGGGAGCGAGUCCGGGGGUGGCGGGGACUCGGGCCCGGGGCCCAGCGCCGGCCCGGGGCAGCGAGCCGGCGGCGGCGCGGCGGAGCAGGAGGAGCUGCACUACAUCCCCAUCCGCAUCCUGGGCCGCGGCGCCUUCGGGGAGGCCACGCUGUACCGCCGCACAGAGGAUGACUCACUGGUUGUGUGGAAGGAAGUUGAUUUGACCCGACUGUCGGAGAAGGAACGUCGUGAUGCCUUGAAUGAGAUUGUUAUUCUGGCUCUGCUGCAGCAUGACAAUAUUAUUGCCUACUACAAUCACUUCAUGGACAAUACCACUCUGCUGAUUGAGCUGGAAUAUUGUAAUGGAGGGAACCUGUAUGACAAAAUCCUUCGUCAGAAGGACAAGUUGUUUGAGGAAGAGAUGGUGGUGUGGUACCUAUUUCAGAUUGUUUCAGCAGUGAGCUGUAUCCAUAAAGCUGGAAUCCUUCAUAGAGAUAUAAAGACAUUAAAUAUUUUUCUGACCAAGGCAAACCUAAUAAAACUUGGAGAUUAUGGCCUAGCCAAGAAACUUAAUUCUGAGUAUUCCAUGGCUGAGACGCUUGUGGGAACUCCAUAUUACAUGUCUCCAGAGCUCUGCCAAGGAGUAAAAUACAAUUUCAAGUCUGAUAUCUGGGCAGUAGGCUGUGUCAUUUUUGAACUGCUUACAUUAAAGAGAACAUUUGAUGCUACAAAUCCACUCAACUUGUGUGUGAAGAUUGUACAAGGAAUCCGGGCCAUGGAAGUUGAUUCUAGCCAGUACUCUUUGGAACUGAUUCAAAUGGUCCACGCGUGUCUUGACCAGGAUCCUGAGCAGAGACCCACAGCAGAUGAACUUUUGGAUCGCCCCCUUCUCAAGAAACGCAGGAGAGAGAUGGAGGAAAAAGUCACACUGCUUAAUGCACCUACAAAAAGACCAAGGUCAAGCACUGUGACUGAAGCACCCAUUGCUGUGGUAACAUCACGAACCAGUGAAGUCUAUGUUUGGGGUGGUGGAAAAUCCACUCCCCAGAAACUGGAUGUCAUCAAGAGUGGCUGUAGUGCCCGGCAGGUGUGUGCAGGGAAUACUCACUUUGCUGUGGUCACAGUGGAGAAGGAACUGUACACCUGGGUGAACAUGCAAGGGGGUACUAAACUCCAUGGUCAGCUGGGCCAUGGAGACAAAGCCUCCUACCGACAGCCAAAGCAUGUGGAAAAGUUGCAAGGCAAAGCUAUCCGUCAGGUGUCAUGUGGUGAUGAUUUCACUGUCUGUGUGACAGAUGAGGGUCAGCUCUAUGCCUUUGGCUCUGAUUAUUAUGGCUGCAUGGGGGUAGACAAGGUUGCUGGGCCUGAAGUAUUAGAACCCAUGCAGCUGAACUUCUUCCUGAACAAUCCAGUGGAGCAGGCCUCCUGUGGAGAUAAUCAUGUGGUGGUUUUGACACGAAACAAAGAAGUCUAUUCUUGGGGCUGUGGCGAGUAUGGACGACUGGGUUUGGAUUCAGAAGAGGAUUAUUAUACACCCCAAAAGGUGGAUGUUCCCAAGGCCUUGAUUAUUGUUGCAGUUCAGUGUGGCUGUGAUGGGACAUUUCUGCUGACUCAGUCAGGCAAAGUGCUGGCCUGUGGACUCAAUGAGUUCAACAAGCUGGGUCUGAAUCAGUGCAUGUCUGGAAUCAUCAACCAUGAAGCAUACCAUGAAGUUCCCUACAUAACCUCCUUUACCUUGGCCAAACAACUGUCCUUUUAUAAGAUCCGUACAAUUGCCCCAGGCAAGACUCACACAGCUGCUAUUGAUGAGCGAGGCCGGCUGCUGACCUUUGGCUGCAACAAGUGUGGACAGCUGGGCGUUGGGAAUUACAAGAAGCGUCUAGGAAUCAACCUGUUGGGAGGACCCCUAGGUGGGAAGCAAGUGAUCAGGGUUUCCUGCGGUGAUGAGUUUACCAUCGCUGCCACAGAUGAUAAUCACAUUUUUGCCUGGGGCAAUGGUGGUAAUGGUCGCCUGGCAAUGACCCCCACAGAGAGACCACAUGGCUCUGAUAUCUGUACUUCAUGGCCUCGGCCUAUUUUUGGAUCUUUGCAUCACGUCCCGGACCUAUCUUGCCGUGGUUGGCACACCAUUCUCAUUGUUGAGAAAGUAUUGAAUUCUAAGACCAUCCGUUCCAAUAGCAGCGGCUUAUCCAUCAGAACUGUGGUUCAGAGCUCUAGCCCAGGAGGCGGCGGCGGUGGGGGAGAAGAGGAGGACAGUCAGCAGGAAUCUGAAACUCCUGAUCCGAGCGGAGGCUUCCGAGGAACAAUGGAAGCAGACCGAGGAAUGGAAGGUUUAGUCAGUCCCACGGAGGCCAUGGGGAUCAGUAGUGGGGCCAGCAGCUCCUGCCCUGGCUGGCUUCGAAAGGAGCUGGAAAAUGCAGAAUUCAUCCCCAUGCCUGACAGCCCAUCUCCCCUUAGUGCAGCUUUUUCAGAAUCUGAGAAAGAUACCCUGCCCUAUGAAGAGCUACAAGGACUCAAAGUGGCCUCUGAAGCUCCUGUGGAACACAAGCCCCCAGUAGGAGCCUGGCCACCUCGGCUGAAUUCUGCAGAGACAUGUGCUGGGAAGGCAGCGCCAUUAACUCCUACCUGUGCGUGCAGCACUCUGCAGGGGGAGGUUGAGAGAUUGCAGGGGUUGGUGGUAAAGUGUCUGGCUGAACAACAGAAGCUACAGCAAGAAAACCUCCAGAUUUUUACUCAACUACAGAAGCUGAACAAGAAAUUAGAAGGAGGGCAGCAGGUGGGGAUGCAUUCCAGAGGAACUCAGACGGCAAAGGAAGAGAUGGAAAUGGAUCCAAAGCCUGACUUAGAUUCAGAUUCCUGGUGCCUCCUGGGAACAGACUCCUGUCGACCCAGCCUCUAGUCUCCUGAGCCUGUAUGGCCUCCAGGAAACUGGGAUCCAAAGAACUUCACAGCACACUUACUGAAUGCAGAGAGCGCUUUCCUGGCUUUGUUCACUUGCAGACAAGGAGUGCAAGGCGGAGGCUCUGAAGCACUUUCCGUGUACACUUGGAGAGUGGCAUUGCCUAUUAGAUAGGAUCUAGGAGUGGUUUUGUUUUGGAGAAUGGAAGGGCCCUGUGGCCCUGGCUUUGUCCUCAGUGACUGCCAUAGCAACAGCAGCUCUGUACCUCAUCUGGUGAUCCCACCUUCGAAGAGGAGACACAAUGCUCACCUUAAUUUUGCUGGUAGCAGCUUAUAUCCCAUUUAUCAUUUCACCAUUACUUGGAAGCUGCCUUGGGAAUUCAGCACCAGGCAUUGCACCUCUGGGUGGAGAGAAAAGUGUGAAACUCGAGUGGGCUGGAACCAGGUGGGGCCCAGGCAGGGUCAUCUGGAGAGUGGUAAAGUGGUAAAGCCUUCUCUGGAGCCCUGAGUCUGGGAAAAUAUGUCUGGUGGAGUCGAUCUAGGGCUUGUUUUCAGAAAGUUCAGUUACUUUGCGCAGCUAAAUGCUUUAGGAGGAAAAGUGGGCUUAGAUUGCUUUUCCUCUGAGGGUCAAUUAAAAUGUCUUCAGUGAGGAGGAGAGAAAGAAGGCUAGGGUCCCUGCUCGUCACACAGCUGGGGUUGCCAUCUGUGGCCGAUGCAGGUAGGAUUUCCUGACUUUGUAAGGUACCUCAAAAAGGUGAGCUGUCUCUUAGAAAAUUGAAUCAGUGGGGCAAUAGGAAUGGCCUUAAGAGAAAACCAUGAGGGAGAGAGGUCCUCCUUUAGCUGCCUCUACUUGGUAUCUUAGGAAGGUCUAGAAUGCCUCUGCCUUCGUGGCUCUUAGGGUUCUAACUUUGACUUCAGCAGCCCCAACCACUCCCUUUCUGUAUGUCUAGUCAGUAUUUGUCCCCUUUUGGUGUUUUAUGAAGCUAUAUCAGUGAAUCUGUAUCAUCUUUCCUACUUGAGUGGCCCAAAGCCAGCACCAAAACCUGGUAGUCCCUGAAGCCUCACAGAACAGGUAGAAGCUGCCAAGUGAAAGGAAUUUGGCUGAGAGCUCCAUUCUAAUCCCAUAGUCAUUAUUAUGUCCUUAUAGACAAGGAGCAAGCUAGCUUUCCCAAAGAGAGAGUGUCCUCAAAGCUUUUGAUGGUUUUUACUUAAGAAUGUGAGCUUUGUGUUUUCACCUAACCUUAUGAAAUGUUCCUUUAGUAUUUUGGGCCGUAGGAGUUGCCUUGAUGAGUCUCACAUUCUCCCUCCUUAGAAACCACUGAAUUAAUUUUUGUUUCAUUUUCCCCAAACCAAAAAAUGAAUGUUUGAUAUCUCUUUAAUAUUUUGGAAGGACCUGUGCAAUGGAAAUUUUGCCAUUGCCCUAAAACUGGUGAGAUAAAGGCUGAUGCUUGGGGAAAACCCCAUGGCUGGGGAUGGGCAACUCUGUUCAAUGGGAUUUUCUUUGGUUUGAUGUUCCCAUUGUUUUCUCAAUUCUGGGAAGCCUAGUACAAUGGUACUAACGUAAUCACUAAAGCCUUUUCUUAAAAUAAGGGAAGGGGCCAACCCCAGAUUAAAGUUACAAGUUCUGGGGACUUGGGGGUUUGCUGUAAACCCCAGCAGUGGGUUUUGGUUCAUCAUGUAAAUGCACCUUUGAUUUUUUUAAGGACUGACUGGCUUUUCACGUUCCUGUAUCCCUUAUACCAUCUCAGCAGGCCUGAGAGGCAGGCUCAGUUUGGGUGUUAAUCCUGAGUAUUGCUUCUGCUGUGGAACUGAGGAACAGGGGCAUGUUGCUGAGACAGGGAUGGAAGUGAGCAUGGAAGGGAGGAGAGAGCACUGCUCUUGUUCUGGAGGGGAGCCAUUCUCUAGCAGGGGAACACUGCUCAUUUUCUCUAGCAUGUUCCCUCGGGAAGUCUAGUUUGCUGUUAAUCUGGCUGAGAAUCUGAGUUCUGUGCCUUAGAGACAAUUUGCACUUUCCCAAUUGUGCCUGGGACAGCCAUAUGAUUUUUCCCACCAAAUAGCUAUGCAAACAGAAACCAGUUCAAAGGUGGCAGCCAUGCAUUAGAUAAAAAUGAAAGGCAGCAGAAAUGCCUUUGAAUGGUUUUCUGUAGCUAAUUCUCUUGAAGUUUGUCCUGCUUUUCUUUCUGCAGUGCUAGGUGUUUUCAGUUUCCCAGUAGUAUUGCUUUUGAGUUAUAGUAUAACCUGAGUUACUCCUCUGCUCUGACAUUGUUGCUGAAGAACUAGCUCAUUGUUAGCCAGAUGUUUGAAAGGUUGAGGGUGGAGUGGUUUGGCAUUUCUGUUUUAAAUAAACAUUUAAACUCUCAAUCAGUGCUAUGCCUGCGCAUGGACCUUAGUUACUGGGGAUGAAACACCCAGAUACUAGGCCUUUGUGAAUCUUUGAUUCAAUGAGUCUUUAUCUAAAUAAAUAAAAGACCUUGUAACAGAAACAACACAAGGGACAUGUGCACAGAUAAUCUUUGCUUUUUUUUCCAGUUUCUUUUUCUUGCUAACAAUCAUUUGUGCUGCUAUAACUUUUUUCCCCCCAAACUUCUCAAAUACAGUGCUUAAAGUGCAGAGGGAGGAAAAAAAUGAGCCACUGAAAGAGGAAGGAGCAUUUCUUGUACUCACCUCCUCAAUCACAGUGGGCUUUUUCAAGUGAUAAUGUGUAUCUGUGUUUACAAAACUGUUUUCCCUCAAAGAGGGUGAACUGUAUUUGGUCUCCCUGGCAUAGCACAGCCAAGUUAUCACUUCUCUUGGCUGAGCAUUUCACUAAAGUGUAAAGUAAAAGCGGCCUUAAAGUCACAUUUCAUUUGAUUUGCCAUAUAUUUGGAAACAUCCAUAAUAGAAAGAACAACUCUGGAGCAAGGAUGUAUUAUAAAUAAAUUCUUUCAAAUGAGUA